AUGCCUCGGCCCGGCCGCAACACGUACAGCGACCAAAAGCCGCCCUACUCCUACAUCUCGCUGACCGCCAUGGCCAUCCAGAGUUCCCCAGAGAAGAUGCUGCCGUUAAGCGAGAUCUACAAGUUCAUCAUGGACCGCUUCCCCUACUACCGGGAGAACACGCAGCGCUGGCAGAACAGCCUGCGCCACAACCUCUCCUUCAACGACUGCUUCAUCAAGAUCCCGCGGCGGCCAGACCAGCCGGGCAAGGGCAGCUUCUGGGCACUGCAUCCCAGCUGCGGGGACAUGUUCGAGAACGGCAGCUUCCUGAGGCGCCGCAAGCGCUUCAAGGUGCUCAAGUCCGACCACCUGGCUCCCAGCAAGCCCGCCGACGCCGCGCAGUAUCUGCAGCAGCAGGCCAAGCUGCGCCUCAGCGCGCUUGCGGCCUCCGGCACGCACCUGCCACAGAUGCCCGCAGCCGCCUACAACCUCGGCGGCGUGGCACAGCCCUCGGGCUUCAAGCACCCCUUCGCCAUCGAGAAUAUAAUCGCUCGCGAGUACAAGAUGCCUGGGGGUCUGGCCUUCUCCGCCAUGCAGCCGGUGCCCGCCGCCUACCCGCUCCCCAACCAGUUGACUACCAUGAGCAGCUCGCUGGGCACUGGCUGGCCACACGUGUACGGUUCCGCAGGCAUGAUCGAUUCAGCCACCCCCAUCUCCAUGGCUAGUGGCGAUUACAGCGCCUACGGCGUGCCACUGAAGCCGCUAUGCCAUGCAGCAGGCCAGACGCUGCCCGCAAUCCCGGUGCCAAUCAAGCCUACACCGGCCGCAGUGCCCGCGCUGCCCGCGUUGCCCGCGCCCAUCCCUACUUUGCUCUCGAACUCGCCGCCCUCGCUCAGCCCCACGUCCUCGCAAACAGCCACCAGCCAAAGCAGCCCCGCCACUCCCAGUGAAACGCUCACCAGCCCGGCCUCCGCCUUGCACUCGGUGGCGGUGCACUGACCCCCAACAGCCGGAGCUCCCUCUUG